GCGCAAACCUGCGCGCGUUUUGUCCGGAGAGCUACGCUGCGUGUUACUUUCACUCUGAGCGACAGUGGCUGGGAGGACUCCUGCGAAGUAUGAGUGCGUGGGUGCGAGAAUUAUGGCUGUUAUUCCUCAGAAUAAUCUGCAACAGCAGCUAGAGCGUCACUCAGCCAAAGAAAUUCAAAAUAAAUUAAAUGUUCUGAAACCCAAGUCUCCAGGUUUCACUUUUAAAAAGAAAAUACCUUCUAGCAACAAUGUAACUCAGGCUCUUGUGUUAAGUGAUAAGGAUGUUAAUGUUACUGAGGCCUUUCCUCUCAGUAAGCCUUUCCCAAUUACCAAGAACCAGCAGACAAGUAUCAGUGCCUUCUCAGAGAGAACUUCGAAAGGACAACAAAUCCAGAAGUUUUAUUCAAACCAGAUAUUGUCAGAUUCUUCAAAUAACACCCAUGAAACUUCAUGUCGUUUACAACCUCCUACAAAAGAAAACUCUGUCAACAAGGAAUUGUGUAAAGAUUCUAAGAAAUUAGAAUUGAAUUCUUCAUUUGACUCUACCAUCCUCAUCAGUGACUGGGAUGACAUAGAUGACUUUGAUACUUCUGGCAAUUCUAAAACUUAUACUACACCCUCCAGAACUUGUUUUACAAAACUAAGUAAUGCUCAGAGAUCAAAAGGGGAUAAAAAUAACUCUUCUAAAACACGGACAUGUAAAGCAAAUGGGAAGAAGGUUGAUCCAGAGCUUUUAAAUUUUCCAUCUGGUAAAACCAGACAAGCAGAAUUGACUAAAAAAAAGUUGCCUGAAUCAGAAGAGCUAAGUAGUCCUGUGAUUUGCCUUGAUGAUGAUUCCAUUUCCGAAGAGUUUAGAAAUGAAGAUAUUCAAGAAAACCAUGCUUUGAAAACUCAGUUGGGCAAUGAAAGAGAUGACAAUGAAAAGAAGAAAUAUCCUGAUGGAAUUGAGCGACAUACAGUUGAUGAACCUUUAGGUGCUAACUCUGAGGAAUUUAACGAAGACGAUUUUGAUAUAGAUUUUAUUCCACCUUCUCCAGAAGAAGGAGUGUUUUCUUCCUCUUCUUCCUCUUUGAGGUGCCUUAGUACUCUAAAGGAGCCUUCCAUCUGUGAUGGGAAAAAAAAUUCUACUAAGCUAUCAAAUUACUUUUCAUCAGAAUCUGAGAGAACAACUAGCCCACAGCCAGUACAGGAGACCAGUACAAAAUAUGAUGGUAAACUAUUAACUUUGCAACAACAGCUUUUUCAUGUGAUGGAGGACAUCUGUUCAUUAGUUGAUACUGUUCCUACUUAUCAACUUCAAGGCUUGGAUUGCGGAAACAAACUUCUUCAGCAUCGAGAUCUCAGAAGAAAACUCUUAGCUGAUGCAAAUUCCAACAAAAAUGACACUAGUCCUCCACCCUUGAAUUGGAUAUACCAGCCUAAUUCACAGGAUCGUAUUGUAAAUGGCAAGACAGCUUUUUCCUUUCUGCAUUCAUUUCAAAAGGGUAAAUCUCCCUUCACAGGAAAUUUAGUAAAAGAGUUUAAAUCUCCGCACCUUCCUUUUAAUCCUGUCUCCACUGCUGAUUGUCAAGAAAAUUUUCUUGCUAAAACUACAAGGACGUUUCCAAAUCUGGAUGUUUCAGCAGGGAUGCGCGGCACACAAAGAACUACUCCAGAAAAGUCAGAGCUGUCAUCUGCUAAGACAAAUAUCUCUGAAAGAAUAUUAUUCAGUUCCCAGUCACCAGAACCCUUUGUUAGUAGCAAUUCCACUGAAAUAUCAAAGACAGAAGAGAAAUAUAAAAGGUCUCAUCUCCUAGGCAAUUUUCUCACAAGCACUGCUAUAAAAGAUCAGAAUAAACACAUUAAUUUGGUUAAUGACCUGAAAAGUAACAAUUUUUCUGAAACCCAAGAUAUUGAUAUUUUUGAUAUAGAUGAUUUUGAUGAUUAUGACUGGGAAAACCCAAGUUACAAUUCAGUAGAGGAAGAAUCAUCCAAAAAUAUCUAUCUGCCUAUUCGGGAAGGUCAGCCAGUUAAAUCAUUUACAGAAAAAACUCCGAUGACCAAGACAAACUGCCUCUCAGUAGUACCUGCUAACCAGAAUAGAAGCAUCUCAAUCCAGAAUUGCCCCGACAAACUGGUACAAAAUAGACAAUCUAGAAAUCCAGAACAUGAGCGUUUCAAAAGUGUUGAUUUUCCACAUUCAAAAGAAAUGAUGAAGAUUUUUCACAAAAAAUUUGGCCUGCAUCAUUUUCGUACAAAUCAGCUAGAAGCAAUCAAUGCUGUUCUGCUUGGUGAAGACUGUUUCAUCCUAAUGCCCACUGGAGGGGGUAAAAGCCUAUGUUACCAGCUACCAGCUUGUGUUUCUCCUGGAGUUACUAUUGUGAUCUCUCCACUGAGAUCACUAAUAGUAGACCAAGUGCAAAAGCUAACUUCAUUGGAUAUUCCAGCCACUUAUCUGACAGGUGAUAAGACAGAUUCUGAAGCUGCAAAUAUUUAUCUCCAAUUGUCAAAAAAAGAUCCAAUCAUAAAACUUCUGUACGUUACUCCAGAAAAGGUCUGUGCAAGUAACAGGUUGAUUUCUACUCUGGAAAAUCUAUACGAGAGAAAAUUAUUGGCACGUUUUGUCAUUGAUGAAGCACACUGUGUCAGUCAGUGGGGACAUGAUUUUCGUCAGGACUACAAAAGAUUGAAUAUGCUUCGACAGAAAUUUCCUUCUGUUUCAAUGAUGGCUCUCACAGCCACUGCUAACCCCAGGGUGCAGAAGGAUAUCCUCACACAGUUGAAGAUUCUCAACCCUCAAGUGUUUAGCAUGAGUUUUAACAGACAUAAUCUGAAGUAUAGUGUGUUGCCCAAAAAACCGAAAAAGGUGGCAUUUGAUUGCUUAGAAUGGAUCAGAAAACAUCACCCACAUGACUCAGGGAUAAUUUACUGCCUUUCCAGACGUGAAUGUGACACAAUGGCUGACACCUUACAGAAGGAUGGUCUCGCUGCCCUUGCUUAUCACGCUGGCCUCAGUGAUUCAGCUAGAGAUGAGGUGCAGCACAAGUGGAUUAAUCAAGAUGGCUGCCAGGUUAUCUGUGCAACAAUUGCUUUUGGCAUGGGGAUUGACAAACCAGAUGUGCGCUAUGUUAUUCAUUCAUCUCUCCCAAAAUCAGUAGAAGGAUAUUACCAGGAAUCUGGCAGAGCUGGAAGAGAUGGUGAAAUGUCUCACUGUCUGCUUUUCUACAGCUAUCAUGAUGUAACCAGACUUAAGAGACUUAUUCUUAUGGAGAAAGAUGGAAACAGUCAUACACGACAGACUCACUUCAAUAAUCUGUAUAGCAUGGUACAUUUCUGUGAAAAUAUAGUAGAGUGCCGAAGACUCCAGCUUUUGUCAUACUUUGGAGAAAAUGAGUUUAAUCCUAAUUUUUGUAAGGAAUACCCAGAUGUGACUUGUGAUAAUUGCUGCAAAAAGAAGGAUUACAAGACAAGGGAUGUGACAGAAGACGUGAAGAACAUCAUAAAGUUUGUUCAUGAGCAUGAUUCACUGAAUGGAGAAAGAAAUACGAAGAAUAUGGGCUCUUGUGGAAGAUUUACUAUGAACAUGCUAGUUGAUAUUUUCCUGGGGAGUAAAAGUGCUAAGAUUCAAUCAGGCAUAUUUGGGAAGGGAGCUGCUUAUUCACGACAUAAUGCCGAAAGACUUUUGAAAAAGCUGAUACUUGACAAAAUUUUGGAUGAAGAUUUGUACAUCAAUGCUAAUGACCAAGCAAUUGCCUAUGUGAUGUUAGGCGAGAAAGCCCAAGCAGUUUUGAAUGGGUAUUUAAAGGUGGACUUUCUGGAAACUGAGAAUUUCAGUGGUAUAAGAAAGCAAAAGGCUUUAGUAGCAAAGAUUUCCCAGAGAGAAGAACUAGUUAAGAAGUGCCUGGGAGAACUUACAGAGGUCUGCAAAGGUCUCGGGAAGGUUUUUGGUGUCCAUUAUUUCAACAUAUUUAAUACCGUUACUCUGAAAAAGCUUGCAGAGUCUUUAUCUUCUGAUCCUGAGGUUUUACUUCAGAUUGAUGGCGUUACAGAAGACAAACUGGAAAAAUACGGUGCUGAAGUGAUUUCAGUACUCCAGAAAUACUCUGAGUGGACAUUGCCAGCUAAUGAUGAUUCCCUAUUGCCAAGUCCUCACAAUGCCGAAAGAAAUGAAGAAGAAAUGCAAGUAUCUUCUCACUAUUUUUCAAAUAAAACUAAAAAUGAGAGGAAGAGGAGAAGGUUGCCAACCUUUCAAAAGUCCAAAAGGAAAAAAACAAGCCAUGGGAGCCAGCAAUCAAAUUCAAGGAGGUUGUCUAACACGUGCAGAAAGGCAUCUUCUAAAAGCAAAUCCUCAAAUGCAUUUGGAUCCAAUUCAGCAUCUUACAGUUCUCAAGUAACUUCAGGAACCAGUAGAAAAUUAGGGAUUAUGGCUCCACCAAAGCCUAAAAAUAGAUCAUUCCUUCAACCAUCAUAUUCAUUUUUGUAACAACCAAACAUAAAUGUGUGUAGUUCUUAUUUUUAUAUCUGUCAUCAUCUGACCUGCAUCGAUUGUAAUGGGUACUAACUGCCAAAAUACAACUUGCAAAUUUUAUUUUUAA